AUGUGUAUUAUUGAAAAUGAACGAUAUUCGAAUAGCUUUGCUAAAGGUAGUAUUAAGAACAUGUAUGGCGACAACUGGCAACAAGUUGCCGAUUAUCUUAGUACAUUGGGAAAAUCAUAUGGAAACAUCAUAAAGAUUGAAUUUUCUGCAUCUACUGUCAAUAAUGGAUAUCUGGAUUUUGUCAUUAAAUUUGAUCAUGUUCAAUCUGGUAAAAAUUUUUGUAACGGUGCUUCAGAUCUCAAUGGUUUAGUGCAAUCCAUUGUUUUUUGCGAUAUAACAUAUGCUGAAAUACCAAGACCAAAACAUUAG